GAUUAUGACUAUAAUUAUCGUGCAAAACUUUCACCGACCUCAGAAACUUGAUGAAAUAACCAAAGGCCGUAGACAUCCCAAAUCCUCUUAUUAUGUGGGCUUAUCUGAUCCACUCAAUUUCAACUCAUAUGCUCCCUCCUCUUAUAAAAACCAGAAACAAAAUGCGACUGAGCUUGCCUCCCUUCUUCUGGUUCUUCACUCUCCCCUUCGUUUCUUUCUUCUCCCACUUCAGAUUUCAAGGUCGCCCAUUUCGCUUUAGUAGGUUGUUUUCACUGCUGAAUCCCACUCGCUAUCUGGGUCUUUGAUUUGGGAAACAAAGUUUCGAGCUUUUUGGGUUUCCCCCUUGUGGGCACUUCAGAAAUGGCGUCAUUGACAAUGGUUGACUUAGUGGGUUGCGCCUCCACUUCUUCUAAUGCAUCAUUAGAUAGGUAUCUAUGGCGGAAAACACUGCACAGCUCCGUCUCCCAAAGGGCUCAUGGAGUCCGCCGUUCUGGAAAAUUGGUAACUUGCCGUCUAGAUUCUGCUCGUUGUAGAAGCAUUUCAACAAAGAGCGCUGACACGCUGCCUAAUGGAACUCCAGAAGUGUUGCUCAAUGUGAAAAGAGGUCAAAUUUCAUUGGGGACGGUGUUCGAAGUGGUAGCUGACGACCUACUGAUCCUUAACCAGAAUCUAAAAUCAAUUGUUGGUGCAGAGAACCCGGUUUUAAUGUCAGCAGCUGAGCAGAUAUUUGGUGCUGGAGGGAAGAGAAUGCGUCCAGCUCUGGUUUUCCUUGUGUCAAGGGCUACAGCUCAGAUGUCCGGCUUAAAGUUAGUUCUACACAGCAUUCUCAACGAUUCACAGUUUACAUUUCCAAGUAGAUUAUACAACAAAUGUAAGGCAGUAUUCUUUUACAGGGAACUAACAACGAAUCAUCGUCGUCUAGCAGAGAUCAUCGAGAUGAUCCAUACAGCAAGUCUAAUACAUGAUGAUGUGUUGGAUGAAAGCGACUUAAGAAGGGGUAAGGAAACAGUUCAUCAACUCUACGGUACGAGGGUAGCAGUACUUGCUGGGGAUUUCAUGUUUGCACAGUCAUCUUGGUACUUGGCCAAUCUCGAAAACCUUGAAGUCAUCAAACUCAUCAGCCAGGUGAUCAAAGAUUUCGCUAGUGGCGAAAUCAAGCAAGCAUCGAGUCUGUUCGACUGUGACGUCAAGCUCGAAGAAUAUCUGAUCAAGAGCUACUACAAGACGGCUUCUUUAGUCGCAGCUAGCACCAAAGGAUCCGCCAUUUUCAGCGGGGUAGACAGCAGUGUGGCCGAGAGCAUGUUCGAAUACGGCAAGAACCUCGGCCUAUCCUUUCAGGUAGUCGACGACAUCCUCGAUUUCACCCAGUCGGCUGAGCAGCUAGGGAAGCCAGCUGGGAGCGACCUGGCAAAGGGGAACCUGACUGCACCAGUCAUAUUCGCUCUGGAGAAAGAGCCUAAACUCAGGGACAUCAUCGAGUCUGAAUUCGUCGAGGAAGGUUCUCUCCAGGAUGCCAUCGACUUGGUCCAGAGAUGUGGAGGAAUCCAGAGAGCACAGGAACUGGCCAAGGAGAAAGCUGUUGCAGCAAUCCAGAACCUCGAGUGCCUUCCUCGAGGCUCCUUCCGUUCUGCACUCGAGGAAAUCGUGCUGUACAAUCUUGAGAGGAUCGAGUAAAAUGAACGGGACUUGCUGUAUUACUACUGUAAGUAUUACAUUGGGAUGAACCAGUUCUUGAUAAUUACUUGCAGCUUAAGCUACUUGCUGCACGAUGAUGGUAUAUACACAAUAAAAUGGGCGGAAUGUCGAACAAGCCCCCCCUGCUGUCUGGCCAAUUGUGAAGAUCUCUUGUGGCAGCUUUGUACAUUCAUAGUUUCAGAUUCUUCUUCUGGAAAUGUAAUAUUCAAUGUGGUUAACUGUACAGAUUCUUUCUUCACUAUAUUUUCCUGCAAGAAAUGGUUUCCUUUUAAUUCCAAGGGUCCGAAACGUUUCUGUCCCACGUUGGUGUUGGGCUUUAUGGGCUACUGGGUAAGUGGGCCCAUGAAACAGAGCAGACCCAACUGGGACUGUAAAAGAUUAAAGAUGAUUCUUAAGGGACGAGUUCGUCCAAAAUCCAGAAUCUGUGUACUCUUUGCUAGCAAUCGAAAAAUUU